AUGAGUCCAAGUGCUGUCGCUGUGUCUGCGCCUGGCAAGGUCUUGCUGGCCGGUGGUUAUCUCGUGCUCGACAGAAAGUACAAUGGCCUUGUCUUCGGCCUGGAUGCUCGUAUCCAUGUCUGUGUAAAGCCCGUUGCAUCAAGCUCGGGGGUCACCUUCUCUGAGAUCACAGUCAAUUCACCCCAAUUCCAGCAUGCUGUCUGGGAAUAUGGCUACCGCUUGGCCGAUCAAGACGGGGGCGUCAAAGUGACCCAGCUGAGAGUGUAA